AUGGUCAAUGGCACCGCCACAUCUGUCGAGCAGGAUGCUCCCACAAAGGUCCCGAUUCUCCUGAAAGGAGACAUCACGCCAGCUGUCAUGCGUGAAUACGAGGAUGCCUGCAAAGGCUACUUCGAGCACAAGUCUGUCGAUGCUGCGACACAAGUUCACAAGAUAAUUGCAGGCCUCAAGGACCCAUGCAUCAAAGACUGGAUCACUGGUGACUGCAACCGCAUUCAGGCGUUAUCGUUUGACGAGUUCAUGCACGAAUUUUGGUCCUACCUUGACAAGGACUAG